AACGAGCCAUUUCCCGCAUGCGCGGAUCGAGUACAAUGUUGCAAUCGCAAAGUAGCGAGUUGCCCGCGUCACGUGAUGGCGCCCAGCUGAUCUGAAGAUGGAAAGUGGCCGCGUAGUGCAAAGAGGAAUGGGAGACAUCAGUUUUUGGGCUGAGCACACACCUGUGCAUGAAGCUGUCAAAGAAGGCGAGAUCCUGAAAUUGAAACAGCUGAUUGAAAAUGGAGCUUGUGUGAAUUUAGUCACCGUAGACUCCAUAACCCCGUUGCAUGAGGCAAGUCUGCGGGGGCAAAUCCAAUGUGUACAAAUGCUGCUUGCUGCAGGAGCACAGGUUGAUGCCAGGAAUAUUGAUGGGAGCACCCCACUUUGUGAUGCCUGUGCUGCUGGGAGCAUUGAAUGUGUGAAGUUAUUACUGAGCCACGGAGCAAGUGUGAACCCCAUGCUGUUCGCAGCAUCACCACUGCAUGAGGCUUGUAUGAUCGGAAGUGUAGAGUGCAUGAAACUGCUCAUCCAUGUCGGAGCAAACCUGGAGUCUUACGACUGCCACUUUGGGACCCCGUUACAUGUGGCUUGUGCAAGACCACAUGUGGACUGCGCAAAGCUGCUGCUCAAUGCAGGGGCGAAUGUGAAUAGUGCUAAACUCCACGAAACUGCACUUCACCUCGCCGCCAAGACCAAGAAUGUGGAUUUGAUCAAACUGCUCAUUGACUAUGGAGCGAAUGUUUAUGCACAGGACAACCGAGGGAGGCUGCCUUUGUACUAUACGCAAUCUGGAUCACCUUCCUCAGCGUGUCUGGAGUACUACCAGAGAAUGCCGCUGAGUUUAUCACACCACUGCAGAAUGGUCUUAAGGAAAGCUCUUGGUCCUCAAAGAUUGCAUGUGAUUCACCAGUUGAACAUUGCUCCAAGACUCAUCAACUAUCUCUGCUAUGAUUGAAGCUGAAACUCAAAAUAUUAACGGACAUAUCUGAUGUAUUUAUGUAAACGCCCAAUUGAUGAUUUUUAUGAACACAUUUAAUACACUUACAUUUGCUGCCAACAAGAAGCAGAAGACUACAAAAUAUAUUAAACUGGGUAGUAACCUCCAACAUUUCCCUCCAAGUGCAAAUGGUGACUGUCAGCCAUGAAGGUUGCUGAACUUUUCCUGAUGGCAACAGAACAUACUGUUAACCCACUUGUUCCCAGGGAUAAAUUUAAACCCCAUCUAUACAAUUCGGUUCUUUUUAAGCUUAGCUCCAUGGAAAUCUCCCAUGUAUGAAUAUAGAUUGUCUAUUAGACACCAUUGUGUUCCAUCAGGGAGUGUGAAACGAGGCAAGUUUGACAGCAAUAGUGUUUACAGCAGCAACCCUAAGCUUAUUGGUGGCUAGAUUCUGUCCAUUUGUCCAAUGUAGUGUUUGUUACAGUUCUUGCACGGUAUUUUGUAAAUGCUAUUGGACAAACAGGCAGAAAACUAGCCACCAGGAUAUAUGAACA